AAGCGGAAGCGGAAGCGGCGCAGAGCUCGGGCGGCCCCGCAGCGCGUGCAGUGGGCUCCGGCGCCUGACAGACCCCUCCCGGCCGCCGUCCGACCCCCCCCCCCCACACCGGGCGCCGGACCGCCGCCAUGAUCCUGCUCGAGGUCAACAACCGCAUCAUCGAGGAGACGCUCGCGCUCAAGCUCGACGGCGCGGCCGCCGGAAACAAGCCCGAGGCCGUGGAAGUAACGUUUGCAGACUUCGAUGGAGUCCUCUACCACAUCUCCAAUCCCAAUGGAGACAAGACCAAAGUGAUGGUCAGCAUCUCCCUGAAGUUCUACAAGGAGCUACAGGAACACGGUGCCGACGAGUUACUGAAGCGAGUCUAUGGCAGCUACCUGGUAACUCCCGAGUCGGGCUACAACGUGUCGCUACUCUACGACCUGGAGAACCUCCCUGCCGACAAGGAUGCUCUGGUGCACCAGGCCGGCAUGCUGAAGCGUAACUGCUUCGCCUCCGUCUUCGAGAAGUACUUCAAGUUCCAGGAAGAAGGGAAGGAGGGGGAGAAGAGGGCGGUCAUCCACUACCGGGACGACGAGACCAUGUACGUCGAGGCGAAGAAGGACCGCGUGACGGUUGUCUUCAGCACGGUUUUCAAGGACGAUGACGACGUGGUGAUCGGGAAGGUGUUCAUGCAGGAAUUCAAGGAGGGGCGACGUGCCAGCCACACAGCCCCCCAGGUGCUCUUCAGCCACCGGGAGCCCCCCCUGGAGCUGAAGGACACCGACGCUGCCGUGGGUGACAACAUCGGCUACAUCACCUUCGUGCUGUUCCCCCGCCACACCAACGCCGCGGCCCGGGACAACACCAUCAACCUGAUCCACACCUUCCGCGACUACCUGCACUAUCACAUCAAGUGCUCCAAGGCCUACAUCCACACACGCAUGAGGGCAAAGACAUCCGACUUCCUCAAGGUGCUGAACCGAGCCCGGCCCGACGCCGAGAAGAAGGAGAUGAAAACUAUCACGAGCCUGCUGGGGGCCGGGCACGUGUCCAGCCAGCGCCAGGCCCCGGCGGGCGCGGAGCACAGAGCAGCCAGGCAGCGCAGUUGAGGCCAGGACAGGCAGUGCAGAUAGGUACCGCCAGGGCGCGCCCCCAGCGCCCCGGCACCAGUGCUCCCCACGGCCUCCCACAGCACACAGGGCUCCCCCCACCUUCUCCCGGGGGCUUCACGCCUCCCGGAGCGGCCUUACAGGCCAGGCAUGUUCGCACCGUCCUCUCCAUGCCCCGUGGGCGUCCCCACGUGAGCCCAGGGCAGCUGGCGGUAGCAGCGGUACCAAGUGGGCACCCGGGGGGCU